UGCAUAAGUUGUCAAUAUCAUAUAUUAAAAUAUAUUUGUAUCAAUUUGUGCUUGAUAUCCAGGCUACUCAAGUAAGAUCAGCCAGAUGCCAGUCAUCCUCACCCCACUUCACUUUGAUCGUGACCCACUGCAGAAGCAGCCGUCCUGCAGACGGUCCGUCAUCAUCAGAACCUUCAUCACCAGUGACUUCAUGACCGGCAUCGCCGCUACUCCAGACAACCAAAUCCCUGAAGAGGUGGUUCUCAAGAUGGUCAACGAGAUCAAGAAAAUCCCAGGCAUCUCCAGAGUGAUGUAUGACCUGACGUCCAAGCCACCGGGAACCACCGAGUGGGAGUAGAACAGUGGACUAUUGUACCUUCUGAUUUAUCCUUGUCGACUCCUCUUCUACCUCCCCUUUUCCCAGUACUGCUACAUUCCCCCCCAAAUCCUUUUUCUCCAUUCCCACCACCCCCUUUAGUCACGCCGCCCUGUCAUUGUCCCACUGAGACCGGAACAUUCCCUACAAUGGCAGGUUGUACUGUGAUUGGCGUUAAACUGACAACGCCACUUCAGUUCCGCCUCAUUAUCUGGGGUCGGUUGUAAUAUUGGUAUUAUAAUUGUUGUUGUCAUUAUCCUCAUCACUGAUGAUAAUAAUGAUGAUGCAUUGAUUAGGUUUUUUUUUUAAUCAGUUCUCUGUGUUUAAUGCAUUGUGACGGGUCACUCCUCCAUGUUUUCUGUCGUAGCCACUGAAGAUCUAAGAUCGUUUUAGGGCAGUUGACUGUCCACGUGCAGCAUGACACGAAGAAAGCCAUUUUUUAAGCAAAUCCACUCAUUUAAGGGUUAGGUUCCAAGUGUUGCUGCUUUCUGCCUUUAAGAUAAACGUGUUUUCAUUAACCCAGUUUGUGCAGUGAUGAUUUUGGUUUGGAUUUCAUACCUGAAUCCUUCUAUGGAAGUGGCAGGUAAAGACUAGCAGUAGUAGCUCCUUUAACAUGACCAAUCGAUGUUUAUUUGCCAAAUACAGAUGAGAUCAGACCGUUUGCUGAAUGACGCUCUUACGCUGUGGACGGGUUGGUUUAUCACAGAGGUUUUGCUGUGAAGGAGACUCCUAAAUCUGGAGGCCUCCUGAAAUUUGUGCCUGUUUUAACUUUUUUUUUUUUUUUUCUUUUCUUUUUUCAGUUACUUUGUUUUUCAGGAAUGUGACUUUAUUUUAUGCUGCAUUAUUUUCUUCUGUCUUUUCAGGCAAAGGAUUUUUGAGAUUUGAAUAGUGAGAAGUGAGAAAAUGUGUUAUUACUGAUGUCUGCAUUUUACAUCACCGUGGUUGAGUUUGCCUAGGCUGGUCUUAUAAACAUGUAAGAUCAACAGUGUACUUACUUUCACCAAUAAAGGCCUUUUUAUUUUAAUUUUUGUGCGUGUGUGCUAGGUAGAGCAAUAGGAUUUUCAAAGGCAAAUGAAAGGAGAUUUACAGGAGGAGGAAGAAUAGGUUAUUGACAGGACACCAGAUGAGGGGCAUCAUCCCGCAAAGAACGCCAAGUCCUUUUGAGCUAAAUUGGGCUUAACUGAAUUUGGAACACGAGUUAAUGUCAAUAUUUGAGUCCUCUUGUGUGUGUGUGUGUGUGUGUGGCCUCAUUAUUAAUAUUCCACUCCUUUAACAGAAGUGUGUUCUUAUGUCUAGAGGGAGGGGGCUUUGAUUGGGCUCAAAUGGAAAUCUGUGUCUAGCCUUUUGUCUAAUUUAUGAUGUAGAGAAUUGUGAUAUGAAUAACAUGCUCGGUAUUUAUUGUCUUUAAAUAUUUUAUUUCAAAAACGUUCUGUUGUCACGAUGGCAAAAAACUCAAUGCAAGAUUAAUUUCCCCCUCGUCUUAAUCGCAAAUCUUGUUAAUGUCUUUUUCUCAGUGUCACCUUUACCGUGUGUAUAUUUUACUUGUCUAAUAGAAAUACAACUAACAAGUUUAAAUUCCUAGUGGGUAAACUGCAAUAUUACAUGAUAUUCAGUUUAAUUUAUGCAAUUCUAUGUUGAUUCUCCCCUCCCCCCCCUUUUUUUUUUGUCUAAACCUGAACAAUGCUGUUUUACCUUAGUAUUGUGCCUCAGACCAAACCACCGCAUGCAGUUUGAAACUGAUAUUUGUAUAAUGCAAACUGAGCUUUAAUAAAGAACUCUGUGUUCAGAUUUCUCUCAUCA